CAAAACUGAAUUGUUAAUUAUAAGUUUUAUUUUUAAUAUUUUUUGAUAAUGUCAUUUGCCGGGAUAAUGCUGUUAUUUAAAUUAUAACAUUAGAAAAUACUAUAAAUACGUGACUAUAUAAUGUGUUUUUUGGCAUUUUGGUAUAAGUUCCGACGAAGAUUAUUUAGCGAUUCGCAUUGUUAAAAACUUAGAAACUUGUUGAGGUUAGUUAGGAAACACGCAAGAUGUUGACCUGCCUUAUAAACAGCAGUGGUUGCGAUGAACGCUUCAUUUCGAUCCAACCGACGAUGUCGGAGGUUGCUAACGGAUCUCCAAUAGAACUAGACCAACUUGACGAGAUGGACGCAUGUUACGAAACAUUCGACAAAGAUGGGGAUGGGAAGUUGAAUCUUGAUGAGUUCCGCCUGAUUUGUAAGGCUCUCUUCCGUAAUGACAAAGGCCACAUCUAUCCAUUGAGUGAAGAGAGAGCUAGGCAUAUUUUACAAGUAUUUGAUAAGAAUGGAGAUGGAUACAUUGAUAAGGAGGAGUUUACAUUCUGCUGGAACCAUUGGAUUAAAGUAAUAGUACGACCAGUGAGUGCAUUCCUCAUUGUAGAUGUCCAGAAUGACUUCAUCUCUGGGACUCUCAACAUCAGCAAAUGCAAUGCCCAGCAAGAAGGAAGUGAGGUGGUAGAACCGAUAAAUGCGUUACUAGAGUCGGUGCCGUUUGACUGCGUUUUUUAUUCUCUUGACUGGCAUCCACCGGACCACGUCUCCUUUAUUGACAAUGUACAUAUGCGGGAGCUGGAUCCUUCGAGUCCUGUUUCAGCUGAUAAAGCACAAGCCUACGACACAGUCGUCUUUGCGGGCCCUCCUCCAAUGAGACAGCGUCUUUGGCCACGGCACUGCGUACAAGACUCCUGGGGCGCAGAACUUCAUAAGGACCUCAAGGUAGUAGACAGCGCGAUAAAAGUGUACAAGGGUACAAAUCCGGAUGUGGACUCGUAUUCAGUGUUCUGGGAUAACAAGAAGCUGACCGAAACAAGUCUCAGCACUCAGCUGCGUAUGCGCGCGGUCACUGAUAUUUACAUCUGUGGCAUCGCGUACGAUGUUUGUGUCGGCGCAACAAUAGCAGACGCACUUGCCAUAGGCUACCGUGCAGUGUUGAUAGAAGAUGCCUGUCGUGGCGUGGAUUUGGCUGACAUGCAACGGACUAAGAGUACCAUAAUAAAUAAUAAUGGACUUAUUAUUAACUCUGAAGAUGUCCUGGCAAUGGUGGAAGGCCGUGAUCGGAGGCCUGAAUUGGGAUAUAAACUCGCAAUGGAAUUGAAGAAUGCUAUGGACGAAGAAUAAUGCACUUAAUCUUAAAUAUUUUACGUUUAUAGUAACCAGUUUUGCUUCUUUUAGCUAGUUAUUAGGUAUGUCACAAUACACCGCACAAAUGCACUAAAGGUCUUAGGCCUUAUUUUUUUAACAUUAGGCUAUGUUCUGAUGAAAUAUUGACUAGCUUUUGCGGCUUUAUUCGUAAGUUGAUCCUUUAUUUAUUAUUAUAAGAUACACUUAUCUGCUGGGGUAAACAAACAAAUAGAAGAUUGCGAACAUAAAAUGUAACAAGCAAAUUUGUCUAAUCUCGAAUACGUAUGUGAUCCAUAAAAUCAAAAAUACUUAAUCUGACAUAAAACAAAAAAAGUGUGAUAUUAUACAUUUUUUGUGAUAAACAAUUAAUAUUAUAAGUUCAGUGCAAAAUAACGAAAAACUGCGGCGAAUCGUUGACAAUUGAUACCGUCAAAGAAAGCUUUGAGCUGUCGAUGAAACAUUCUCAACACAUAACUAUAGUAUUGGUCAUUCAGAAUUGUUCUCAACGAGUGUUUGGAGUGUUGGCUUGGGGAUACAAUUUUGGUAUACUAGACACAAGAACGAUACCGAGUUCGAAACAACUCUUUACUUUUAAUAUUAUUUUUUUAUCAUGAAUAUAAUUUAUUUCUCUCAUUCCUUCAUAGACGUAGAGUUAACAACGAUACCAGUAGUAUAUAUGGAUUAGUAGUGGUGUCGUCGCCGUGUGUCCCCCGUCCUGAAUGGUCCCGCCUAUAUAGACAAUAACUUAGCAAAGAGGCCAAUCAGCCAUGUCAUAAACAACAUCAAUGCCAAUGUCCAGUUCUUGAAUACACAGAAUGAACUAAAUAUCUAGGAGUAAUAAUAGAUUGACACCUUAGUUGGGAAAAAGCACAUUGAUGCAGUUCUUUUUCGUAUUUUAUGUCUUUUGGCACAACUAUUUGAGGAAUGAGAAUGUACAACAAAGGACAGCAACAGCUCUUUUUUCUUCAUAAAAUGGUUCUAAUCAUUUCCAUUUUAGAAGUACUGUAAGUCAUCAAAAAGGGAUUGACCACUAUUGAAACCAUGACAAUUAUAAUUUCAGUGUUAAUCACAGUAAUCAAAUACUUGAUUAUAUAAUGAAUAUUUAAUAACUACUUAAUGUUGUGUGAUAAACAAAAAAUAUGCUCACUAUCUAAAUAUUAGUAGAAACUAAAGACAAUUGACAAUCAAAAUAUAUUCAUAGCAGUUACUUUCAUAGUGCUUUUGCUUCUAGAAUAAUUAGUUAAAAUGGGUCUAAUUUAUUUUUAAUAAAGGGGUAAUAUUUAUUUUUAUUUGUCAAUUAUAAUUUUUUGUUAUUGUUUUUUAGGUGUAUGUAAUUUAUUUAACUUAAAAUUAUUUAAUAAUUUAACAGAGUACAAAGCGUUUAGUGUUGUAAUGCACUUAGUGUCAUCUCAUUAGUGUAUAUGGUAUAUGUGGGCUUAGUGUAAUAAAUUAAUUUAGACCUUCAUUCCAAGUAACUUCAGAAAUCUUAGUUUUCAUUGUUUAGUAUUAUAUACUUCUCAGUACCUAUAUGUAGUAAUAAUCUACUUAAUUCUGUGCUUAUACUACACUACUAUUUAUAUCUUUUAAAAUUUAAUGUUUCUCAGUAAGUAACCCAAUGUGGAAAUAACUUUUAGAUUGGCUUUAAUAUAUUAUUAUAAAAGGCAUUAGUCAUUCCUUUUAGCUGUAAUGUAACAGUUAGUGAGAACAGAUUCCUAUGUACACCUAUGUAGUUAAUACUUUUUUAGAUAAUACAUCAUAAAUAAAUCACUAUACUGUUUAUUUAUUUCAUAAAAACAUUGGCUUUAUAAUAAGAAAAGUUAGUUAUGUAUGUGUCCAGGUCAUGAAAGUAGUAGUAGAAUAGAAAAAUUGCAUUUAAAUUUAAUAUCAUUUUAUUAAAUCCAAUCCUAUUAAAAAAACAA